GCGCUCUGGCCACCUCGGCCCUUCUAGCAGGCGCCUCGCCUGUGGCCUGCGGUCAGUGUGAACUGCAGGGCGUGGGCCGGCAGGUCUGGCUGUGCCUGACGGGGGUUGGGAGCGGGAGGAAUCUCGCACAACGUGGCCCAGAGUAGCUGGGAGACAGGGACCUGCUGGGCUGCAGGAGUCCCCAGCCUCUCCUGGCGGCGCGCGCACCGCGCCGGAGGACACCAGGCCCGCGUCCCAGACUGUCGCCGCUCAGGGGUUUGCCUAACCACCUGUGACGCCCACAUUUUGAUACACUUGUGUCACCUUCUAUAAACAAGAUGGCAAGAGAGAGACUGACUCUAUCUCCAAGCCCAUGAGGGGUAAGGCCCCUUCUGGCCCAAAGAUGGGGAACAUCACUACGGAAAACUCCUCCCUAACCUGCCCCAUCGACCACACCAUCCACCAGACGCUGGCCCCGGUGGUCUAUGUGACGGUGCUGGUGGUGGGCUUCCCAGCCAACUGCCUGUCCCUCUACUUCGGCUACCUGCAGAUCAAGGCCCGGAAUGAGCUGGGAGUGUACCUGUGUAACCUGACCAUUGCAGACCUGUUUUAUAUCUGCUCGCUGCCCUUCUGGCUGCAGUACGUACUCCAGCACGACAACUGGUCCCACGGUGACCUGUCCUGCCAGGUGUGUGGAAUCCUCCUCUACGAGAACAUCUACAUCAGCGUCGGCUUCCUCUGCUGCAUCUCCAUCGACCGCUACCUGGCGGUGGCCCACCCCUUCCGAUUCCACCAGUUCCGUACGCUGAAGGCGGCCGUGGGUGUCAGCGUGCUCAUCUGGGCCAAAGAGCUGCUGACCAGCAUCUACUUCCUCAAACACAAGGAGGUCAUUGAGGACGAAGACCAGCACCGAGUCUGCUUUGAGCAUUACCCCAUCCAGGCUUGGCAGCGUAGCAUCAACUACUACCGCUUCCUGGUGGGGUUUCUCUUCCCCAUCUGCCUGCUGCUGGCCUCCUACCAGGGCAUCUUGCGCGCCGUGCGCCGCAGCCACGGCACGCAGAAGAGCCGCAAGGACCAGAUUCAGCGUCUGGUGCUCAGCACCGUGGUCAUCUUCCUGGCUUGCUUCCUGCCCUACCACGUGCUGCUGCUGGUGCGCAGCGUCUGGGAGGCCAGCUGUGAGUUUGCUAAGAGCGUCUUCAACAUCUACCACUUCUCCCUCCUCCUCACCAGCUUCAACUGUGUAGCUGACCCGGUGCUGUACUGCUUCGUCAGCGAGACCACUCACAGGGACCUAGCCCGCCUCCGAGGAGCCUGCUUAGCCUUCCUCACCUGCUCCAGGACAAGCAGGGGCAGGGAGGCCUACCCUCUGGGUGCCCCUGAGGCCUCUGGGAAAAGUGGGGCCCAGGGUGAGGAGCCUGAGUUGUUAACUAAGCUCCACUCAGCCUUCCAGACCCCUAACUCGCUGGGAGUGGGGGGACCUCCCACAGUUGGGUUGGCCUAGCUUGUGUGGCCCGUGUGUGCGGCUAAGCUAAGCCUAUGCUUUCAUCAACAGGCCUUGUGGUCUGGAGCUUGCAUGGUGGCCGUCUCCCACUUUGCCAUGUACGGGUGCCUCUUUCCUCGGGAAGGAACCCUGGGUCUUUGGCCACUGCCAGGUCCCUCUGGCCCCUGGAAGUCUACUCUGUGUGCUAAGCCAGGGCACAGCUGAGUGCGAGGAUGAGCCCUGGCUUCUCUCAUGUUCUCCGAUGCUUCCUGGGCUACAGGUGGGAGGGAGUCAGAAUCUUCACUUCCGGGAGGUUUGCAAAGAGCAGCUGGGCUGGGGUGUGGAGGAGGAGGAGGAACCUGGGUGUUCGCCUGCCAAGCCUUCCAGUGCUGCUGUCAUCACGGAUGAUGCCAGCUCAAAUGUGCUGUGGUCUUGUGUGACACAGGAAGCUGUAUUGUCACCAUCAGUGCUUGAGUUCGCCUUUAACCUAGUCUAGAACGAAAGACUGGUUAAGAUGAUGAACCGGGCGGGGGUUGGGGCAUGGGUGUGGAUGGGACAACAGCAGAUUUGCCACAAUGCCAGACCCAUCUCACUUUUACAGUGCUAGUCAGACAGAUUCCUCAAACCCAAGGGCUGAUGGACAGAUGCCAGGGGCCCUUUAAAAUGUCAUAUAAAGCUCAGGAAGAGAACUUGGGCCUGAAGCUGUGUCCCUAGCCAAGUUCCAGACACAGGCUUUUCUUAAUUAGCUUUUUGUUUCCAUCUGACCAGAAUGUAAUCCCCGAGAGCCUGAGGGAAAAGAGGGAGAAUAUAAAAAUGGCAGGGUGUCUAUGGCAACUGUGUGCCAAGACACUGAUACUAGGAUCAUGUGACUGCUGUCAGUAGCUCCUGCCCCUCUCCCCACACAUGAUAGAGCAUCCAGCAGCCUUUGAGAGGAGUGUUACAGUUUCCCAGAGUUCCUAGGUAUACCUAAAGUAACAAAAUGCACACAUUGUCAUGGCUUUUGAUACAGGUUUAGACUCAAGGUCUACUCUGGUGUAAAUAGUUCCUGUGGGAGAGUUGGCAGAGAUGGCUGCAUGCCAGAAAGACCCAUACCUACCCUAGCCUAGGACCUUCGGGCAAUGGUGAUAGCUGACUGUUCUGUGUCUCUUCAUUCCACAGUAUUUCCCCCUAUUUGACCUGAAAUUCUGGAUCCCCACUGGCUUGGACUGGAACAGGCUGAGCCCAGCUCCCCUACUACGGGGAGCUGUAUUGUUGUAUUGUCUUCUCUCUUAGGCCGAUUAUCCCUGUGUUGGACUGUGAGGUUUGGGUUCAUGUAGUGUGACUCCAGUCUGCAAAUAAAAUGAAGU